AUGAGCACCAAUAUUGUUUCGAUCCUGGUGCUGUAUGUUGGCGGCCCAAACGCCACGCAAGAAGAGUUCAACUCCCUGAUUUCACGGGAGAAGAUAUUCACUCUAAAGUCAAAGCAGAAACUUGCUGACUUUGUUUUGAAGGGAACAAUCCUCGAGAAAGUUUCCUUAGAUACGCUUAUCUUCAAACGGAGAUCGAAAAAGCACAGGGCAUACGUGUCCUUGGAAUCUGAGUCAGAUUUCAAGGAAUUCCUUCGCAGUUCAAAGGUGAAACAUCACAUCAAACUCACCUUACGGAGAAAAAGCGAGAGCAGCGUAAACUCUGAGCGUGCUGUUUCUGUACAUUCGAUUGGCACAGAGACGGUGGAGCAGGUCCGUAAAUUAGUCAACGACUUCCAAAAGUCUGAGAUUUACGAUAUCUUAAAAUCUUUUUCCAAAUUGUACACUGAAUCAAUGAGUUUUGACGGGGUACUCCCAAGUGAAAUAAACUGUGCUAUGGCCCCUGGGAUGAAGGGCGAAGCUACCAGUGAAGAGGCACACAGGGUAGAGAUUGAUCACAACAUUGCUGGCGUCGUGCACCAAGGGGUUAUAUGUGACAGAUGUCAUCCCGAAGAUAGCAAUAAGUACAUCAAGGGCUUGCGCUAUAAGUGUAUGAUCUGCGAUAAUUUUGACCUUUGUUUGAAGUGCUACAAGCUCCACGAACGUCUAGGACUGCAUUCUUCGCAACACUCGAUGAUUGCCAUUGAGGACUCUCAGGUUUUUAAACAAUACCUCCAUUCCCUCGGCCUUUCAUUCCAGUGUCGCAACCCUUUCACUGUCAACAAACUUAUCAGACCCGCCCGUGUCGCUGAUGAAACCCCAGAAGACAUCAAGAGGAAGUCAGAAUUGCCCACUGUGGUAUCUGAACAGGCUGAGAGGUACACAAAGCUUGCCGCAUUAGUGGAUGGUACUGACGAAACGAAGUUUGAAAAGUUGAAGCUUUAUAUCGGGAAGGCACAAGAGGCCGAGAAAAAGGCGGAAAACUCUGCUAAACAAGAAUUCGAUAAGAAAACCAAGGAAAUUCAUCAGAUUGAGGUCGAGACCGAAAGCGAGACUGAUGCAACAGAGGAAUGCGAGCUAGAGGAGGAAUUCAAAAACACCAGUCCCGCUUCGACUGUGCCAUUAUUGAUUGAAGUGGCAGUGGUGCCGAAAGGGAAGUUCUUAUGCCAGAUUCUUGUUAUCAACAAAAGCGGAGAAACGAUCAACUGCCACGACAUGAAUUUGAAUGUUGUUAAUUGUUUUGACAUGGUCGUCGCAACCGUGCCAAUUGAAAAGAAGCAGGGAAUAGCUCCAAACAGAACUUCCAAAUUCAAUGUCUCUGUUAGCAACACACACUUCAAGUAUCCAUUCAAGAUUGUGUUCAGCUCAGCUAAGCUCGCGGGCGAGUGUCAGCUCAGCUUGAAAAAUAUGAGCGGGAUGGUUGCGUUGAUUCCAACACAAAGAGAUGACAGCAUCACACAACCAGUAAAUGUUGGCGAUGUUUCCCUGGAAGACUUGAAAAUGGAGGAAGUUGCAUGUCAUGUGUCGUGCUCUAGUACACCAUCCCUUGCAACAGCUUCAGUGCAUUCUAUUCUUUUGCCCUCGUUGCCCAGAGAAGUACCCCUGGCAUCAUUUGUCGAGGACGAAUCAUCCGGGACUAACCAGGAUAUGUCGGUGUCGGAAGACGGGCUCGAUGAAAACGAGGGAAGUGAUGACUACGACUUGAUAAGCGUUACUGAUGCAGAGGAUAUGGAUUCGGAUUACGAGAUCUUGGCUGGAGGCGACUUGGCCGAAUAA